AGGGCUCAACAUAGACAAAAAUAAGUUUCCAAAAGUACCCUUAACAGAAGAAAACCCUCCAAGGUCGACAAGAAGAUCGCCUACGACUCCAAGCUUUGCUCCCUCCUCGCCGAGUAUGGCUAGGUCCUCAUUGUCGCCGCCGACAACGUCGGCUCCAAGCAGCUCCAGAACAUUCGCAAAGGGCUGCGCGGAGACUCCGUCGUUCUGAAGGGGAAAAACACGAUGAUGAAAAUGCCUGUCAGGAUCCAUGCGGAGAAGACGGGCAACAAUGCCUACCUCAACUCGUCCCCCUCUGUGGUAAACGUCGGUCAGAUUUUCACAAAGGGUGAUUUGAAGGAAGUCAGCGAAGAGGUUGGCAAGUACAAGGUGCUCAACAUCCCCACCAAGAUCAACAAGGUUACUGUUGAAAUCAUUACCCUUGUUGAACUUAUCAAGAAGGGAGAUAAGGUUGGCUCUUCUGAGGUUGUCCUCCUUGCCAAGCUUGGAAUCAGGCCAUUCUCAUAUGGUCUUGUUGUCCAGAUGGUGUAUGACAAUGGUUCCGUCUUCAGCCCAAAUGUGCUUGAUCUGACUGAGGAUGAUCUCAUGGAGAAGUUUGCUUCUGGUGUCUCGAUGGUCACUUCAUUGGCGUUAGCCAUCUCAUACCCCACCUUGGCAGCUGCACCACACAUGUUCCUCAAUGCCUACAAGAACGUGUUGGUAAUUUCUAUUACCAUCGAUUAGAAAGGGUUGUUUCGAUAUUUAACAAUGGCAGUAAGCUACCAUGAGAUAUCCAUCCACAAAGACAUAAACCUCUUGUAUAAUUAUAGCAAAUAGUAUACACAAUCAUGUAUGAAUUAUAACUUUCACCAUAUCUUUUUUCUUUCUUCUACUAUAGAUAUUGAGGGACGGGCUGUUACAGUGGGUAAUUUUGCUGUAGUUUUAGAAAUAAUGUGAGUAAUUUUGCUGUAGUUUCAUAAA